GUAGUUAAUAACGCCCUAACAUAGGUACCUACUACAUCGCGUAGAGGCGCCUAGGAGGUAGGUACCUCCUAGAGGAGGGAGUUAGUACCUAUGCCAAGUAGGUACCCAUAAACGAACCACGCUCCUAUCUCGAAGUACGACGUCGCGAUGCUGGCAGACAGCCUCCUCCUCCUCCUUCUCCCCGCCACGCUCUCCUCUGUGUCGGCGUCGCCCACAUGGAACCCGAACCGCUCGGUCUACGGCAACGGCAGCACGUGUUGGUCUGGCGGGAUCCACUCGCCGUGCAACGGAGCCACUGCCGGCUGUACCUAUGACGGCAUUCUAGUCGUCUGCCAGGACUCGACCGACUCGAUGGUCUACUCCAAUAUGUGCGGAUGCUGCUGGUCCAAGGGCACCUGCACCUACGACGCAGACUGCAACGCCAGCUGCGGGUAGAACAGGUUGGCGAGGAUGGCCCGGCCGUGGUGACGAAGAGGCGCGUUACGUACUAUUUUGGGUGCCGCUCAGGGCCAGAGUAUACCUAUCUACACCCACCAAUAUGAAGAAAGAGACGAGGACUAGAAGGGGAGUAUCGUAGUCGAUGUGAAGGGGACGUAGGUAGUGAUAGAAU